UAUUUACGAAGAGUGCAAGGCCUAGGCGAGACAUAGUUUAGGCCUUUUGAGUGUAGCUAGAACUAAAAAGCUACACUAGAGUAUUAUUAUUAUUAAUAUUGGUGUGGUUUUUAUCCAUCUGAAUUAAUGUUACAAUAGGAUUAACAUAGCUCAAAGUCUAAUUUUGGUAGUAUGGAGGCUGAAAUACAUCUUCCACCACCAGAUUACCUCAGCAAACUCUCAUUUGAAGUGCUAGUAAAAAUUUUGAGGUACCUUCCUGUCCAGUCACUCCUGCGGUUAGAAAGUUUGUCCAGGCAUCUUCAGAAGGCAGUUGGCUUGCAUUUGCAGCUAGUCAAGUCCCUAGACUUUACAUCUGACAAAUGGUAUGGAUUCAUGCCAGACGCAAUUGAUGAUGAUGCACUAAAACUACUUUUAAACCGGUGCAAUGAACUGGAAUACAUUUAUGGAUUGCAUCCAAGUAAUCUUCUUCUCCGGAAAGAUAACAGUAAGAAAUGCAUCAGUAUCCCAGGUAUCACAAAUGCUCUGCAGCUUUGUCAUCGUCUUGUUGGUGUAGAGAUUUCGGACAUUCAUCUUCUUGAAGCUAUUCUGAUCGAGUUGCCAAAUAUAGAAAUUCUUGGACGCUUCCGUAAUCGUGGAGGAUGCUUCCCCUGUAAUGAGAACUCACAACUGACAUUACCAUCCACCAGUAAACUCACUUGUCUACACCUGUAUGGAAUACUUCUGUCGGAACUUCCUGCUCUGAAUGGACUUGAUGAGCUCCAUCUUCAGUUUGUCAAGUUCUCCAACCCACAGCCUUUCCAGCAAUUUCAGAGCCAAUGGCUUCUCUCAUUCAUGAUGCAUAACUGUAUUGGCCCAACAAACCCAUUGCAUUAUGUUCCCUUGCUUACAGCAUUGGGCAAUGCAACACAUCUCCGUAGGUUGGAUUUGGUCAGGGUUCCAUUUCUUGGUGGUCUUCUGCAGCAUGUGGUUGAAGACGUUUGGAAGAAAGGUGGUUUCUCUGGAGUUGAAAAGGUCCGAAUAAGCACAUGCAAAAAUUGCUUUGAGACUGAUAUAGGCUAUCUUCUCCUGGCUUCAGAGUAUUGGUUAGAAGAACUAUCACUGCAGCCAUCUCUUACCAAAGACAGCUUUUUCUGGGCUCUUAGGCUGGCCAAGGUUAGCUUCAACAUGUUUGAGACUCUGGAGCUAGGAUUUGUCCACCCAUCCAUCACGUCUGGAGAGUGGACAAAUGCUAAGCUUGUGGAGUAUGGCCUGACGGACUAUUCAGAAGCACCUGGGUUGAUAUCAGAUCUGGGAAUGAGCCUUGUAGAGAUUGUGUUCAACUCUGUAAUCUCAUUGACAAUUCAUAACUGCCCUCACCUGCAAAACCCUCUCUUGUGGUGCUUAGAACAGAAGAGGUGGGAAUGGUUGAAGAGUCUGCACCUCGAUCGCUGUCAUUCCAUUCAACUGGACAAGUUCUGCCAGUGGUUGACGGACCUGCCAGUUAUCCAUGAUGUGCGACUCGAGCACAUGUUCCGUGCACCCCCUAAAGGAUGUUCUAUGGUUGGACUGAGUGCAGGAACUGGGCUAGGGGUGUCCUCAGCACUUGUGGCACCCAUUGGUCAAAUGGAUCCUUCGCCCAAUGCAGCAGAUGAUCAACAUGAAAACAAUAUAAAUCCAGAUCAAGCUGAAGACAGAGAUGAUGAAGUGCAUUUACACUCAGAACCUGCUAGUAGUGAUAACCAAUUGUCAAAUGAGAAAGCCUGUCAAUCGACUACCCAUCAAAGAGGAACAUCUUCUCACCUGACUGAGUCUAGUACAUCUUAUGUACAAACUUCCAGACUGUAUGGUAGUAGAUCAGCAUCAGACAGAGGAUGCUCUACAGAUGACUUGCAUGUCAGAGUAUGCAGAGAUGAAGAUGAAGAACAAAUGAAUGAUGAGUUUUCAUGGCAAUCAUUAGAUCAGAUUAAGGAUAGUAGAAGUAUUAAAAGAAAAUCAAGUUCUUGUGCAAAUACAUCUCAGCCUGUAGUGUCUACUGCAGAGAUAUCCAGGUCAGGCAGUGGAGAUAUUUUAAAGCAGCAUCAGGCAUCACAACAGCCACAGUUUAAGCCACAAUCAAAAUCAGUAAUAUCAUCAUCUUCACCAUCAUCAUCGCCAUCUUCAUCAUCAUCAUCAACAUCAUCAUCAUCAACAUCAUCAUCAUCAUCAUCAUCAACAACAACAUCAUCUCCUUUAAUGUCUUCAAAAUCUUCUUCAUUGUCUACAGUGUUAUCUACAUCAUCACCAUCAACCCUGUCAUGUAGUUCAUCAUCACUAUCAUCUCCUUCUGCAUCAUCAUCUCUAUCAGUAUCAUCAUCAUCAUCGUUACCAUCUGCUGCACUGCCAUCACCUUCAAUGCCCUCUUCAAACUUAUCUCAACCUUCAUCUUCUGUUUGUGGAUCAUCAUCCCUAACAUCCAGUAUGCAAAACCCAGGUAUAUAUAUGGAGUAUGAUUCACAGUUGUCAGAACAAUCCUCAUCAUCACCUUUGCGAAAAAGAAAAAGGCAAAUUCAAACCAGUGAAAGUAUAGGUACCAAUGAAAAUGUAGCACCAUCAACAAGUAAACAAGGUGAUACGUCUCAGGGAUCAUCUGAACAAACUACUGGGAUGCAGAAUAGAUGUCCAACACUCGAGGAAAAUUUUGGUCUCACUUGUAAAGCGUAUGUCCAAGAAUGUACUUAUCAUGACCAUUCUGGUCAGAUGAGGAUCAGGGCUGUGCGGACACAUAGUGGACAGAGUAGUGUUAUUAUACCAAAUAAUGGACCUUUGUAUAGUCUUGAACAGGAGCCAGAUGUCCAACAUGUGAGACAGUCUGUUCCAAGAAACAGCAGUUUGCACACAGAACAGCAGGACACAGAAAAAGAGCAUGUGGAGAAAUCUUUACAAUCUAACUCAUUACACAGACCAGCUGUUUCAGAAGUGAACAAGCGGAAAAUAAGUAGUCGUCCCUUGGGGUCAUAUAAGCGUAAGGUAACAAAUGAAGAUUAUGAGGACAGUGCAGAGAGUGAGAAUGAUUGUGGUGAUGAUGAUGAUAAUUAUCAUCAUCUUUACUUGAAAGACAAUUAUACCAAUAAUGAUUCUAUCAAAGCAAGAAAAUGUAAAAGGUCUUACAAAUCCGUUUUGAACACUGAUGAGAUGCAAUUGAGAAAGAGCCAUCUAGGUCCAUGUAAAUCUGAGGAGAUUGGCAAAGUUCCAGAAAUAAAGGCAUCUGUGAAUAAUAACUCUGAUCUUGUGAAAGACAAUCUCAAUGUCCCAAAGACCUGUAUACCAAAGAUAGCAAAUGCUUCUUCUGUAUCAAGCCAAAGACAAUUCGAACAUUUACCAGUUGUCACAAGUAAUGAGUCAUCCUAUCCAGCCCAACAAAAAGCACAAGUGUUCCAUCUCGGUAAUCACCUUGCAUCAGGUAACAUGGAUUUUUGUUCUUCAAGGACAAAACAUGGUGAUGAUGACUCAAAAGUGCCAAAGAAAAGGAAAGUUUCAACUAGAAACCAGUCGACCAGUACAAGUGAUCCCGUGCCAGAGGAUGAUCCAGUGCAGGUGAUGGUAAUAACAUCAAAAACCUUGGAAGGUUUGACUAUGGAGUCUUGUGGUGUUUCACAUCUCCAUCUGAUAGAUUGUCCUCAACUAGCAACAUUAUCAGGUUAUGAUCUGAGGAUAUUAAGGAACCUGAAAGUGAAGAAUUGCCCUAGUCUUGCCCAUAUUGACUUUUCCCAAGUCUCUCGUCUUAGCAAUCCUGCUGUACUAGAGCCUCUCACAUGGUUACCACCCACUUGCAGUCGCUUUGUUAAGCUAAGCACACUGAAUAUGAAAAGUAAAUCAGCCUUGGAGUCAUGGUUGUUUGCUAUUGAUCACUGUAAAUAUCAGCUCAUGUAUGCUAUAGAAUCUAAAACUUCAACAGGGAGUGUAGAGGGCAGUGUUUACAUGGCCAAUUGGAUGGAUAUUACCACAUGGCUGAAUAACUACUAUAUAAGUACCUUGACUUACUCAAAUGAAGAAGAUUCUAGAGGAAAGAAAAAAACAAGGAAAUCAUCAGUGCCAAAAAACAUAUUCAUCACAAAAUGUUCCAUAGGCAGCUCCAGGUUUAAGCUCAGCACCGAUGUUCCCUGGUUGCGAACUCUUUCAAGCAACAAUGGCUGCCAAAUUGAAUUUGGAAAGACUCUACCAGAAGCGUUAUUUUCCUAUUCUACAGUAUACCCUUCAGAACGUUCGGAUAUCGUUGCCACUCUUGCCAGGCGCUGUAUUCAACCACUGACCCACGACAUGGCGGAAAUGAGGUCAAUGAAGAUAAGUUUCAUGAAAUCCGUUUUAUGUAUUUAUAUCCAGAUGUCAGACAUCAAUAAGCAGAAGAAACAACCAAACAUAUAAUUUUAUUUUUUUUGAUGUAUCUUUCAAUUAGUUAAAAUGUGUUUUUGAAUUUGCACCUUCUUUUAGCUAGGCCCUGGAAUUUUUUCAAUUUACACUCCGAUUUAUAAAGCUCAUAACUGUAUGGGCAUAAGGUUUAGUGAUUUUUUAUUUUAAGAUGUAUGUCAAUACUGACAUCAUUUUAAUAUCUAAGUAAUUUUCCUAUUGUUGAACAGACACUAAUUGUUUGUACUGUACUUAUGUGCAAAAAAACUCAACAACUUUUAUAUGAUACUGCAAGGAAUAGGACUAGGGCCUAGCUGCAACUUUAAGCAAUAAGGGUGCUCGUGGGCAAAACCAAACCUGAGAGUAUCUAUUUUCCAAAACAGCAGCCAAAAUGGAUCACACAAUACCACACAGUGGACCCUUCCAUUAAGCCCUGUCCCUUGUAUAUUAUUGGUAUAAGUCUCACUAAACGACAGUGUAAAUAAUUUGAUUACAUUAUUUUAAUUGACACUCUAGAAAUAUCCAUUUAUAGAUAUAUUUGUGACAAUGUACAGUGGAAACAUUAGUAUAAUUAUUCUGCUAUCUAGGUAAAUAAUUGCCUAAUUAUAUUCUGUUUGCUACAUUGUUACAGAUUAAGAGUAAAAGAAACAGUAGCACUUCAGAGACUGCUGUAGUUUACUAAAAAGCUUUAAACAAGUUUGUGUUAAUAAAUAUAUCCAACUCUGAUCAUGUGCAUUUGCUUUACUACUGGUACUAAAAUAGAGUAGAAUGGAUCAGAGCAGUAUAAGACAACCUAUUAAUAAUCAUCAGUCAUUAAUGGCAAUACAGAUAUUUUAAAAUAUUUCUAUACUUAAAUCAAUUUGUGUUUGUACUUGCAUGUAACAGUUCAGCUACUGUAUAAAUAGGUGUGUCCAGGUGGAACUAUCCAUGCUUUAGACCUACUGUAGGCUAACACAAUGCAUUAAUCAACAAAGCACCAUAAUCCACUGGUGCUGAAUUGCUUAAUUUAUUAAUUUUCAUAUAAUAUUUUUUAUUCUUUUGGAAAUAUUCGAUUUGACACCCAGACGAUUUUGGACAAAAGUCUAUUUUUAUUUUUAUUUUUUUCAGAAUAUAGAUGUUUUUAAUGGAUAAAGUAGUUUUAAUGAGUUGAUGAAUAACAAUAUUUCCUGACUGGAACUUAGCAUAGGAAAGCUAAUAGUCAAACUUUAUUGAUUUUAAGAUUCAAUAAGUCAUUUCGUACUGUAGUUUGCACUGCACAUGCCCGUAUCAAGGUCAAUCGACAUAAACAAGCAUACUGUACACACAACAUAGGUUUAUGUUGAUUGACCUCCGAUUGUCCAUGGAUAUGGGCAUGUACAGUUCAAACCAUGAAUUAAUCUACUCAUAUCUGCUUUAAGCCUGGUUUUCUAAAAAUAGCUACGGUACACGAUAUCUUUGCUUUUAGUGAUGUUCAUUGGUCGAUUGAAGUGGAAUACCUUCACAAUCGUCUCAAGGACGUCCACUAUUGCAGUGAAAACACUGUAAUGGUUUUAUAGAAAUCGAGUCAAGCUUAAAACAUGAUUGUAAUGAAAACCAUUAUUAUGGUAUAAUUAUACCAUAGAUGAUAAUAUAAGUUAAUUUUUAAAGCGCAAUUAAACAUGGUCUCUAACUACUAAGAUACUGUAUCUAAACCACGUGGCCUUGUACUUAUCUACUUAAUUGAUGAAUUUAAAGAGAACUUUAAUGUCUGAUUGCGUUGAUGCUCCAUGAUUGAGAGGAAGGUUAUAUCAAAUGCUAUAGUGCAAGUAGCAACAAAUAAAUUGAAUCUAGAUGAUCAACUGCUGAUUUCUUGAAAUAAACUUGUGACUGUCCAUGUUUCAUGAUAACAGAAAUAAAUUACAGUUGAACUUGCCUAAAGUCGAAUCCAAAAUGUCAUUGAAAAACUGUUUGACUAAAAUUUGACUUACAGAUCGUUAAUUAUUAAUGGAAACAAUUUGACAUGUAAAAUAAGAUCGACUUAAAAAUUAUUCAAGUCAACUUAGGCAAGUUUAACUGUAUUAUAUUGUAAUACUGUACUGUAAUUUCUAUUGUGUUAUAGUAGGCCUAUUGUGAUGCUCUGAGCAGGAGUGAUUGUUGCAUAACAUAAAAAUCAAAUUAUUUUCUUGAAGAACUAAAAGGGAAAACUGUGUAGAAAUCUGAAACUUGUGCCAUUAAUGACAAACUUUAUUGUUUUAAUCACUAAUAUCUAAAAAUAAUAGAAGAGAAUUUAAUAAUAUUUAAUGCCUUAUUACUGUACUAUGAUGAUUUUUGUAUAUUUCACUAGUAUGUUGCAUUUCUGGCAAAUAACUAUGUAACAACAAUUACAAUAAAUAUGAUUUAUUAAAUAUUCACAUUCAUUUUUCUUUAUUUCAUUAUCAUUGCAUGAUGAAAUAGAAAUUGUAGAGUUUGGUUCCCAAGCAUAAUUGAAGUUACAGAAAUUGGCAUAGUCAUAUGUACUCCAGUGAGCAAAAAAUACUAUUAUUAGGCAGUGACUAUUGUUACACCAGUCUUAAACCCAUUCCUUAUGGAACUUAUUGUCUCCCUGAAGCUGGACAUGGGUGUCAUCAUACACAGCAAAAUACAAUGUGUUAAAGAACCUCAUUUAAAACAAGUUCUCGCUGCUGUGGCUGCUCUUCAUUAGAUCAUGUGUAUCUUACUCUCUUGUAAAGUAAAUUUUCGUAAGGCUGAAAACUUUGUAGCCCAAGCACUGCGAUAUCUGAUCAUCAAAGUCAGCUAGCAUGCAUUUUGUUUCCAUAGGCCAAGGCAUAAUUUUACUCACUUGCAGACUAUAACUUUACCUCAUGCAUUUUGCUGGUAAACUAGUCAGCAGCAUAAAAAAAGUUAGCCAUCGUAACGACUUAAUAUAUAUUGGGGUGCAAAAUAUGGAUUGGAAUCACAUAUGAAAGUAAAUUGGAAAAAUGAAUAAUCAUUUCAGUGGCUAAGGGCAAAAUUGAAACAGCAUUACAGCAUAGAACUCCAUGGUAACUGUAUAGCCAAUGAAGAAUUUGAUAAAAUCCACAUUGGACAAAAAGUCCACCUAAGAUGUAUAGAGACCUAAAACAAUAGGUCUAUACCAUAUCCAUUUUAAGGAUCAAGAAAAUUGUUAGUUUACUGUUGAGUUUAUAGUUAAAAUUUUGUCAAAAUGAAGCUUGGAAAUAAAUGCUAUUUUGGGUCUAUUAUAUUUUUUGGAUACCUAUGGGUCAAAUUGACCCUUUGGUAUACUCUGAAAGUGUUCACAUCCCUUUAUAAAGGUACUGGAAUGUAUAUUAAAAAGAUUUAUUUCCCUCGUUUUGCUUUAAAUGUAUUCUAAAUCAGGGUGUACUAAGGAGUGGUUCUACUGUCAAUCAAUCAAAUCAAUCAUCUUUAUUUAAAGUCUGAAAAACAAUGAUGUAAAUUUUCAGUUUUGUUUUUUUUUUAUUAUUAUUUUUUAUUUUGAAAUUCUGAAUAUAUUUGCAUAAUUGAAGAGACUAAUAACCUUAAUUUUCAGGGUUUUUUUUCUGCUUGGUCUAAAGAAGCAUUGUAUAAAUUGAGAACAAUCCAUUCAGUAUAUUGGUGAGUUAUUGAAUAAAGCAAAUAAUAUAGUAAUUUUGUCCUUGAUUGUGGUAUUGAUUAAAGAAUAAUUGACAGAAUAUUAAUAUAAA